GAUGAAAAUAAUGACGCAAAAAAAAAUACCGUCCUCACGGGAUUAACCCUUUCAUUUUAGGAAGUGGCGCCUUCAAGCUGUUUCAUCCAAUGUUGUUCCACAAAGGCAUCAGAACUCUAAAAUCUUGGUCACAGUUGGGCACAAAGAGGAAGAGGAAGAAAUCUCCCGUCAAAUCAUCGCAGGGACGGAAGGGAGGCAGGGCAAGAAAGAGGGCAAAGGAGGUCACUCCGACAUUCGAUGAGGAAGAUGAAGAAGAUGAUGAUGAUGAUGAAGGUGAUGACCUGUCACCGCAGGAGGUCGCUACUAUCCGCCGAUCACUCCUCCAACUCCUCCAGGACUUCCUCCAGGUCCUCCAACGCUAUUCCCUCCGAACAUGUGGCGAGUCUUGUCUGCUUGCUUUACAAGUAUUGGUCGACUUAUCGAAGCAAGACCCGGAAGUUUUUGAACCCGAUUUUGAUCAUUAUGAUGAUUUUGAAUCGGACGCCAGCAUGCCUGCUCUGGCUUUCAAGGGCCUUAGCCGUCUGUGUAAUGAGAUGCAUGGAGAUGUUUCCACGACUGUCACUACUAUCUUCAAGCACCUGAUGCCAUCGCUGCUCAUGUUGGUGGGAGACAAUAAAGGUGUGGCCGCACAGACCAUCCCCAGAGCUGUCGUCGUCAUCAAAGACCAUGCCUUAGCAUACGUAUGCCAUUUGAUACAGAGAUUCGGAGAGGCGGCCCACACUCCUGCUAGAACCCUCGUCCAGCACCUGUGCAUCAAAGUGCCUGACAAGGCUGACUAUAGGAGCCGCGUUGCCCUGGUGGUCGUCACAUUGCUUAAGCAGCUUCCCCCUCUACCGUAUGCCAAGCUCAUCGAAUGGUUCUACAAGUUCUCGAGGAACGAGAAGACAAGCUAUCGUGGUUUUGCUGUCGACAUUGUUGCCAUGCUGCUGAACGAGAAGGAGAAGGACCUGGAUGAGACCGUACCCCCCGAGAUAUCUGGCUUCACCUCGCAUGUCUUCCUCAUCAAGAUGAUCCUCAUGAGAUGUUCAGAUGUUGCACCAACUGUGAGAACACGUGCUAUUUCGGCGUUCGCUAACUGCGUACAGUCUGAGGACACGGGAAUCACCGCGGCAAUACGUGAUACGGUUACACCAAGAAUUGUCGGCAAGCAGCCACUCAGUCGAGUCAUACCAACACCAGAUGCUGCAGACAGGCAGAAAAUGACUACAGAUGUUGAUGAAAGUGACAAAGCUGAGGACCCAAACAAUAAUGCUGACAAAGCUGCAAUAGACAAGGCUAUGAAUGGUGGUGGAAACGUUACGCCUGUCGCGUCUGCUCCUAUCUCUGGUGACACGCCCGGAGCCGUCCAACUUUUGUCAGCCAUGGACAUCUCGCUUUACGACGGCCAGGGUGUGACCUCCAUGAUACGGCGUAGGGCCUUGGAUGAGAAGGUUGGAGUGAGGAAAGCUGCAGUCCAGGCAUUGGAGAGUAUCAUCGUGUUAGACCCACUCAACUUCAACCUAGAGGACCUUGAGACUAUUCACAAUCGCUGCCGUGACCCAGCCCUAUCAGUUCGUAAGCAAGCCAUGCUGUCGUUGACUGAUCUUCUCCAGGCAAUACCACUCAACAGCAAGAUACAAUGGGCAUGGCUCGAUGGUGUGCUGCCCCUCGUCCUUGACCGCGAGAGUUCCAUCUCGACCAAGUGCAUCGACAUCCUUGAAGAUAACAUCCUGGGAAACGUCACGCCUUACACGAGGUCGACUGAGGAUUGUCAUGAUAUGGUUUGGCAGAUGUUGGAUGUGUUAGCCAGCGUCAAAGGUGUUGAAUUAAGACGUUACGUUCAAAAAGCCUUCCAGCAUCUCACCAAGGAGAAACGUCUGAAAUCGAAUUUGAUGUCGUCACUGAUCACACACAUUGCAACAAAGAAUAACACAGCUACAUGGAUGUUGCUUUCAGAGAUGGCACCGUCUGUCAACAAGUUCAAACCAGAUAUCGUCCUCGAUUAUUGGCAAGAUCACGCUAAACUUGCAGGAUCUGAGGAAUAUAUGACGGUGGAGCGGGUUUUGAACGUGAUUGGUUGCAUUGCUCAACAGUUACCUAGCCAGAAGAUAAAGUCGUUGACAGAGGAUCUGAAAGAGCGCUUGGUCAAAUUUGACUUGCCACCAGAGUUGAUAUCUGUCACAAUCAACACCUUGUCUAAGCUUCAUACGGCAGAUGAACAAGCAGUGAGUCAAGGGAGGAAAGACAUGACAAAAUGGUGCAGUGACUUGCUCAAGGUCUCCGACGUCUAUCUCUCACAGAUCAUCCUCAAUGAAACUGCAGACGGUCCCCUCGACGAGAACCUCAUCGUCUGCCAUUUGUUUACGAUCGGCGAGAUAGCUCAGCUUUGCCCGAAUAGUACGCCCAAACGGGUGUUUAUGCUCAUUCAGAGUUUGAUUGCUGCUCCGUGUAUCUCUACCCUUGAUGGAAGCUCGCAACAAGACACGGACAGUGCCUCUCAAGAAAACCCUGGCUCCCAGAACCGAACAUCCCCGGGCACUUCCCAGGGCCAGGCCUCCCAGGGAGACUCUCAGGAACCAGCAACUCAAGGAAUCACGGGCACACAAGUUCUCAGCCAGUUCUCUGGGUCCAACAUGCCGACAAGAGUCAGGGCUCAUGCGUUUAUAACUCUUGGGAAACUGUGCUUACAGAAUGAGACAUUGGCCAAGAAGGUCGUUCCAGCAAUGGCACGAGAGCUUGAGACAUCAACAGACCCAGCCAUUCGUAAUAACGUCGUUAUCAUUAUGUGUGACCUCUGCGUCAGAUACACAACCCUGAUAAACAACUAUGUGACUAAUAUUGCCUGCUGUGUGAAGGAUGAGAAUGCUCUGGUCAGGAAGCAGACACUCACUCUCAUUACACAUCUCCUACAGGAAGACUAUCUGAAGUGGAAAGGGGCCCUCUUCUACAGAUUCAUUAUGGGAUUGGUCGAUGAAGUCAAAGAAAUUAGAGAAUUUACUGAGUUCUGCUUGGUGCACCUGCUGAUUCAGAGGAACCCUGGAAUGUUCUUUCAGCACUUCAUUGAAUGUAUCUUCCACUUCAAUGCCUAUGAGGGACACAAUGUUUAUAACAAGUUUGCUCAGUCUGAUAAAGAGAAGAAGAUGUUCUCAUUGAAGGGGAAGGAGAAUGCUGGGAAACGUAUGACAAUCUAUCGCUUCUUGUUGGAGCAUAUGACUGACGAGAAUAGGUUCAACCUGAGCGGGAAGCUGGUACAAGAUAUCCUUGGGACGAUGGCAGAAGGUGACUUGGUCGUUGAUGUUGAUAGCAGCCCGCUAUUACAGGAUACGCUUGCCAUACUAGCCUCCAAAGAGAUCAAGUUGUCAUCGAUGAAAUCAAAGCCCCCAGAGGAGAUCUAUGAUGAACAGGAGGCUGCCACGGCUCUCGUGGAGAAGGCAAAGAAGGCCAUCAUCACGGAGAUCAUGAGGAAGAAUCUCAUUGAGAAUAUUGUGCCAGUCGUCAUUGCUCUCAAACACAUGCUGGAAAAGAAAUUAUCACCGCUUCAGAAAGAUCUGAUGAUGUAUCUUAGGGAACUGAUGAAAGACUACAAGAGUGAAGUGAAAGACAUCAUGGCAGCGGACAAGCAGCUAGCAAUGGAGAUUGAGUUCGAUUUGAGGAAGUUUGAGGAGCAACUUGUGGCAGGGAUCGAGGCCCAGAAGCUAGUGACACCUCUAGCUAUGAGGCGUUCUGUAGCAAUGACGGGAACUCCUGCCGUGAGAAGAAACCUCCCACGGACACCGAGAGCGCCCGCUACUGGUGAAAGGAUGCUGGGUUCAACUGGUCAAACACGUGAUGGUGUCCUAACUCCUGGCCCUGGGCAAGCUACAGGAGGCAGGACAGUGGCUACGCCAAAGAAUGCCACCCCGGUGAUGACAUUGACGGGAUCAGUUAUUCGAACGCCGAGGAAUGUGCAGCUGUCUUCUGUGGCCAUUAUGAACUCGGCAAAGAAGUCAAUGGAACGGGCUAGGAGGUUGUCAGCAAUCAAGAAGGAUCAUCUUCCACGAAGGGAAAGUCCGCUGGUCACAAACGUCAGCGCUGCAAAUCGACCUUCCCCUAUGAGUCCCCAGGGAAGUAAUUCCGAUGGAAAGUUGAAGUUACUCUCUGUGCAGAGAGCCAUCAGCACCCCUGACCGAACCAUAAUGAACAUAACGUUCAACCCUGGCGAGGUGACGAUGGCGCCACCAUCUCCCAUCCCGCGUCUGACACGGAGCAAGCGAAGAGCCGGCAGCGACGGUGAGUUAUCUUUCGUUUUGCAGCAAAAAAUCAUAGAUUCCCAGCAAAAAACCAAGAAGUCUCACCAUAAAACGCCGCAGGAAGAGAUUGGUUCAGAUGAGGACCGUCCCAUGCUGCUCUGCCUAAUGUCUCCGGAAAAACCUGGACCGAAACCGAGGAUGUGGAACCUCAAAUCGCCCAGUCAGGCAAGUGGGGCUAGUGAUGCUGCACAGGAGAAAAUUCAGGCCGGUUCUUCCGAGGAUUUGACUGAUAAAAACAGUGGCAGUGAGGGGAGUAUGGAGACGAGUGGUUCUGGUCGGGCAACUAGGAGAGCCACCAGACGCACGAGCAGGAAGAAAUGA